AUGCCUGGAUCCCCAGAAAUGACUUUGCACUGGCUGCUAACCCUGAGCUGCCUCUGUCUCUCUCUCUUCCUGCCUGCAGCCAUCGGUACCAACAGAAGAGAAGUCUGUGACUGCAAUGGGAAGUCCAGUCAGUGCAUCUUUGACAGGGACCUGCUCCGAGAAACAGGAAAUGGGUACCGUUGCCUCAACUGCAUCGACAACACAGAUGGCGUUCACUGCGAGAGGUGCAAGGAGGAGUUCUAUCGCCAGCGGGAUGGAGAAAGCUGUCUGCCCUGUAACUGCAACCCCAGAGGCUCUCUUGGCCUGCAGUGUGAUAACUACGGCCGGUGCAGCUGCAAACCCGGGGUGAUGGGCGAUAAGUGUGACCGGUGCCAGCCGGGGUUCCAUUCCUUCUCAGAGACUGGGUGCCGGGCAGGCGGACAAGUGUCGAGUGCUCAGUGUGACUGCAAUCCAGCCGGUAGCGCGGGGCAUUGUGUUUCAGGUCACUGCGUCUGCAAGGCAAGUGUCUCGGGAGAGCUAUGUGACAGGUGCAAGCAGGGCUACUAUCAUCUGGAUGCAAGAAACCCCGAGGGAUGUUCCCAGUGCUUCUGUUAUGGCCACUCCGCCAUGUGCACCAGUGCAGAAAAUUACAACAUCCAUAAAAUCACUUCCAGCUUCCAGCAAGAUGCUGAGGGCUGGAGAGGAGUGUAUGUGAAUGGGUCCCCUGUACAGCUCCAGUGGUCUCCCCGCCAUCGGGAUGUGUUUGUUACAGCCAGGAGAUCAGAGCCCACCUAUUUCCUGGCGCCGGCCAGAUUUCUUGGGAAUCAGCAGGUGAGCUACGGCCAGACCCUGUCCUUUGAUUAUCGCAUGGACCGAGGGGGUCGUCGUCCUUCUCCCCGGGAUGUGGUCCUGGAAGGAGCUGGCCUACGAGUCACCGCCUCCCUCCUGCCUCAUGGGAAGAUGCUGCCCUGCGGCAUCAGCAAGACAUAUACGUUCAGACUGGACGAGCACCCGCGCAGUGGAUGGAGCCCCAAGCUGAGUUACUUUGAGUAUCGCAGGUUACUUGGAAACCUGACGGCCCUUUGGAUCCGAGCCACGUAUGGAGAAUACAGCACUGGGUACAUCGAUAAUGUCACCCUGGUUUCUGCACAGCCGACCUCUGGAGCCCCAGCGCCCUGGGUGGAACGAUGUGUGUGUCCUGCUGGCUAUCAGGGGCAGUUCUGUGAACAUUGUGCUCCUGGGUACAAGAGAGACGCUUCCAACCUUGGGCCUUUCAGCACUUGUGUGCUGUGUAACUGCCAGGGGGGAGGAAACUGCGAUCCAGACACUGGAGACUGUUAUUCAGGAGAUGAAAACAUGGACCCCAAUGCCAGCUGUCCAUUUGGUUUCUACAGGGACCCCUGGAAUCCGCAGAGCUGCCAGCUGUGCCCUUGCAGAAAUGGCCAGGGCUGCUCAGUGGCGCCAGGGAGAAAGGAAGUCAUUUGCAAUAACUGCCCUCUGGGAGUCACUGGUGCUAACUGUGAACUCUGUGCUGAUGGCUAUUUUGGAGACCCCUUGGGCGACACUGGCCGUGUGAGACCCUGCCAGCCCUGCCACUGUAACAAUAAUGUCGAUCCCGGUGCUGUGGGGAACUGUGACCGGCUGACGGGUGAAUGCCUGAAAUGCCUCUACAACACAGCUGGCUUCUCCUGUGACCAGUGCAGGGGCGGGUUCUUUGGGAACCCCUUAGCCCUCAACCCAGCAGAGAAGUGUCAAGCCUGUAACUGCAAUUCGGUAGGUUCAGACCCCCUGAAGUGCAGAAGCGAUGGGAGCUGUGUUUGCAAGCCAGGAUUCGAGGGGCCCAACUGUGAGCACACACAGUGCCCAGCCUGCUACAGCCAUGUGAAAACACAGGUGGAUCAGUACUUGCAGCAGCUGCAGCAGCUGGAGGUUCUUGUGUCUCGGCUGCAGCUUGGCAGUGGGGAAGGGGCCAGUGAGGAGCUGGAGGGGAAGAUGCAACAGGCUGAGGCGACCCUGCGUGAAAUCCUGAGAGAAGCUCUGAGUUUACAAGCCUCUGACAAGUCCCUGGAGAGCCGGAUGUCCAAAAUGAAGGGACAAGAGUCCAGCUACCAGAGCCGCUUGGCCGACAUCAGGGUGACGGUGCAGAGGCUGCAGGCGCUGGGGCAUCAGUACCAAGCCCAGGUGCAGGACAUUAGGAGGCUGAUCGAGAGAGCCCGUUUGGACCUGGGGCAAAGCAAAGUGACCCUGAGUGGGCUGAAUAUUCCAACUUCACAUCUCCCUGGCGGGUCAAACAGUUUUUUGAUGCUGGCCCAAGAAGCUCUCAGACUAGCAAACAGCCACGUGCAAUCAGCAAAUGCCAUUGAACAGGCAGUCAGGGCAGCGGUGGAUGACUCAGGACAGGCCCUGGAGCUGGUGCGCUCAGCUGUGAGUGGAGGAGGCAUCCUGGCGAGCUCUGUGCAAGGGCUGCUGCGAAAAUACGAUGAAACCAAAUUGCUGGCCAGCGAGCUGGAGACUGACGCCAGCAGAUCUGCGUUGGAUGCAGACAGGGCCUAUCAGGGCAGCCUGGUGCUCCUCAGCUCCAUGUCUCGCUUCUCAAAGAUUGACACUGGGUCCUUCCAGGAGGAGGCGAACCGGCUCAGGCAGGAGGCAGACACUCUAAUGGGCUUGGUGGAGACGUACAUGGCAGAAUACAGGCGGCUGCAAAGCAACACUAGAAGCUGGGAGGAAGAAAUCAAACAAUUGUUACAGAGUGGGGAAAGCAAGAGACUGGCUUCGAGUCAGCUGUUGUCCCGCGCCAACCUUGCCAAGAGCAGAGCACAGCAGGCACUGAGUGCUGGCAAUGCCACUUUUUAUGAAGUUGAACUCAUCUUGAAAAAUCUCAGGGGGUUUCACCUGCAGGUAGAUGGUAGGAGAAGAGAAGCUGAGGAAGCGAUGAGAAGACUCCCUCUCAUCAGCAAUAUGGUCACGAAUGCCAAUGAUAAGACUGGACGAGCAGAAGGCGCCCUGGGCAGUGCUGCUACAGAUGCAAAGACAGCCAGAAGCAUGGCCGGGGAGGCAAAGGAGAUCACUGGUAGUAUCCAGCAGGAGAUAAGGCGGUUGAACUCGGAAGCCAACAGGACAGCAGAUGGGGUCCUGGCACUGGAGAAAGGAGUCAUAGCUUUACUGAACGAGGCCAGAGAAGCAGAAAGGGAGCUCACGAGGAAGGCUCUGGAGGUCGAUAUGGAUGCCACCGCUGCACAGAAAACUGGUCAGGAGGCGCAGGGUGCCCAUGCCGGUGCCCGUACUGCUGGGGCUGCUGUCCAAGAGACACUGCGUGCCCUGGAAGACUUUCUACAUCUGAUGGACCAGCCUGGCCCUGUGGAUGAGCAGGCGCUGAGAUUGCUCGAACUCAACCUCAGCGGGGCCAGGACGAAGAACAGCCAGUUGAAAGAGCAGAUGGCCGAACUGGAGAAAACGGCCAGUCUGCAGAGGCUCCGGGUUCAGACUCUAGAGAGGAGCAUUAAUGAGAUCCUGGCAGACAUUAGGAACCUGGAGGAGAUCCGCAACAACCUCCCCCCAGGCUGCUACAACACAAAUUCCAUUGAAAAACCUUGA